AUGUCGCGCUCAUCCUACGACCGCUACCUCACCAUCUUCUCCCCCGACGGACGUCUCUACCAGGUCGAAUACGCCUUCAAAGCCAUCAACACCGCCGGUCUCACCAGCAUCGCCGUUCGCGGCAAAGACUGCUGCGUCGUCGUCGGCCAGAAGAAACUCCCCGACAAGCUCAUCGAUGCCUCGUCCGUCACCAACAUCUUCAACCUCACGCCCGAAAUCGGAUGCAUCAUGACCGGUCGCGUCGCCGACGCACGUGCGCAGGUGCAGAGGGCCAAGAUGGAGGCGGCCGAUUUCAAGUACAAGUACGGCUACGCCAUCACGCCUGAUCUGCUGGCCAAGAGGUUGGCGAAUAUGAACCAGGUGUAUACGCAGCGUGCUGCGAUGAGGCCGUAUGGUGUGAGCAUGAUUCUGGUCGGGGUGGAUGGAGAGCGGGGACCGCAGAUCUUCAAGAUCGAUCCAGCGGGCUACUAUGUGGGAUUCAGAGCUACCGCUGCAGGUGUCAAGCAGACCGAAGCAACCAACUUUUUGGAAAAGCAGUUUAAGAAAUCCACCACCACCACUACGUCGGCCACAGGAGACGACGCUCCCGAACUUCCAGCAGGUGCAAGCGCAACAGACGCCGCAGCACUGGAAGCCCAACACAUCUCCAACAGCCUCUCAAUGCAACAGACGUUGGACCUCGCAGUCAACACGUUGGCUACGGUGCUUGCGCAGGACCUCAAGCCGAGCGAGUUGGAGGUCGCCAUCGUCGGCGGUCCAGAAGCUGCCAAGUUUGUCGUGGGAGGUGACGACGAGGGAGCGGUGGAGCAGUUGGAUUCCAGCACGUUGCCCAAGGAGGUGCAGCUGCAGAAGAGGUUUAGGAAAUUGAGCGAGGAUGACAUCUCGGUCAUUCUCGAGAGGUUGGCGGAGAGGGAUUGA